GCGCCUGGCCGCGAGAUGCGGAGUUAGGCUUUCCUUAGGCAGGCAGCAGGAUGCGUGUGUGAGUGGGUGCAUGUGUGCCUUAAGAGGGGGGCAAAGAUCAUCACACCGCAGGACAGCUAGUCCCAAGGGCAACGUUGGCGCUCAGGGGUGUAAAUACUGAGCAGGGUAGGUGCAGCUCUCGCGCCAGAUCCCUCCAGGCGGGGUGGCUCGGCGUGAUGCUAAAUUAGGUGUGCGCUGUAUCUGCAUGCCCUGAGCCAGGCUUAGCGGCAGGUUUCGGGGGACUCGGCCCCGUGGAGUCUGGGGGAAAAGCAGGGGGACUAGCUGUUGGAAGGGGGAGGUGCAAUAAAUGGCCAGCAACAGGAGCAUUGAGCUGGAGCACUUUGAGGAGCGGGACAAAAGGCAGCAGCGCUCGGGGGCCCGCAGAGCGGGGACCGGCUCGAGUUGCAGCAGCAGCUCCGGGCCCAAGGGGAACGGGCUCAUCCCAAGCCCCGCGCACAGCGCCCACUGCAGCUUCUACCGCACGCGGACGCUGCAGGCCCUCAGCUCGGAGAAGAAAGCAAAGAAAGCCCGGUUCUACCGCAAUGGGGACAGGUACUUCAAGGGCUUGGUGUUUGCCGUUUCCAGCGACCGCUUUCGCUCCUUCGAUGCUCUCCUGAUCGAACUCACCAGGUCGCUGUCGGACAAUGUGAACCUGCCCCAGGGGGUCCGCACCAUCUACACCAUUGAUGGCAGCAGGAAACUCACCAGCUUGGAGGAGCUAGUGGAAGGUGAAAGUUAUGUAUGUGCAUCCAAUGAACCAUAUCGCAAAGUUGAUUAUACCAAGAAUGUCAAUCCAAACUGGUCUGUGAAUAUUAAGACUGGGUCUGCUCGAUCCUUGACAUCUCUGACAUCGAUGAAAAGUGAAAUGAAGGAGAGUAAAGAUUUCAUUAAACCCAAACUGGUGACUGUUAUUCGGAGUGGAGUGAAGCCACGGAAAGCUGUGAGAAUUCUGCUGAAUAAAAAGACUGCUCAUUCCUUUGAACAGGUUUUGACUGACAUCACAGAAGCCAUUAAGUUAGAUUCAGGCAUUGUCAAGAGACUUGUAACACUAGAUGGGAAGCAGGUUACCUGCUUGCAGGACUUUUUUGGAGAUGAUGAUGUUUUCAUUGCCUGCGGACCUGAGAAAUAUCGUUAUGCUCAAGAUGACUUUGUACUGGAUCAUAGUGAAUGUCGUGUUAUGAAGUCGUCAUAUUCCCGUUCACCUGGUACACCAAGACAAUCUGGAUCCAAAAGCCCAGGACCCUCACGUCGAAGCAAGUCACCUGCUUCAGUAAAGAGGGGUGGCCACUACUCCAGUGCUUAUUCUACAGCAAAAUCCCCAGUCAAUGGAACACCCAGCAGUCAGAUAUCCACUCCAAAAUCUACUAAGUCCUCCAGCUCUUCACCAACCAGCCCAGGGAGCUUUCAUGGACUCAAGAUUCCUCCACACUGUGGCUCUUCUUCCAAUGUGAAUGGUGUGCCUGAACUAUUCCAUUGCAUAAGUCCUGAAGGUGUGAAUGGAAACAAGUGCUCAGGGUCAUCCACUAUUCUUGAGAAAUACAGAGUGGGAAAGGUGAUUGGUGAUGGCAAUUUUGCUGUAGUAAAGGAGUGCGUAGAACGAGCCACUGGAAAGGAGUUUGCACUGAAGAUUAUAGACAAGGCAAAAUGCUGUGGAAAGGAGCAUCUGAUAGAGAAUGAGGUAUCCAUACUGCGCCAAGUGAAACACCCCAAUAUUAUCAUGCUGAUAGAGGAGAUGGACACUCCAACAGAACUCUAUCUGGUAAUGGAGUUAGUUAAGGGAGGAGACCUAUUUGAUGCUAUCACUUCUUCAACAAAGUAUACAGAGAGAGAUGGUAGCGCAAUGGUCUACAAUCUAGCCAGUGCACUGAAAUACCUCCAUGGUCUCAACAUUGUGCACAGAGACAUUAAGCCAGAGAAUCUCCUGGUAUGCGAGUAUUCAGAUGGAACAAAGUCCUUGAAGCUAGGGGACUUUGGACUGGCCACAGUGGUUGAAGAACCCUUGUAUACAGUCUGUGGCACCCCUACAUAUGUGGCUCCAGAAAUCAUUGCAGAGACAGGAUAUGGCUUAAAGGUGGAUAUAUGGGCUGCAGGUGUGAUCACAUACAUACUGCUUUGUGGAUUCCCACCUUUUCGCAGUGAGAACAAUCUUCAGGAAGAUCUCUUUGAUCAGAUCCUCAUUGGAAAGCUAGAGUUUCCCUCUCCGUACUGGGAUAACAUCACUGACUCAGCUAAGGAGUUAAUUAGUCUGAUGCUACAGGUAAACGUAGAAGCUCGAUAUACAGCAGCACAGAUCCUAGGCCAUCCCUGGGUGUCCGAUGAUGCCUCGCAGGAGAAUAAUAUGCAAGCUGAAGUAACAGGUAAACUGAAGCAGCACUUUAACAACAUGCUACCCAAGCAGAACAAUACAACCGCUGGGGUCUCUGUCAUCAUGUUUGACUUGACAGUUUGAGAGGGACUUCAGCGCUUCAUUCUUUAUACAGUUGAGACUGGAUAAGCCUGAAGCUGAAAGCUGGUACAAAACUUAAUAAGAGCAAUUUUAAUUCUAACUCUCAGCCCCUCUCCAAUUUGCAUGCCACUUAAGCUUGUCUCAAAUCUCUGACACAGUACAGCAUCUGGCUUCUUCUUGGUGUGGGUUUUUUCUGUUACCUAUGUAGCCAAUGAAAACUUAUUUUUGUUUAUCUCCCUUUAACAAGUAGUAAGGAAAAUUCAUAUCUGCCUAGUUCUGUAACUGAAUAUGCAGGGAAGACUAGGGAUAAUGUCUGAGUCUUCUAUUAAGAUACUUAGUGGAAAAAGGAACCUUAUAAGAAUUUAGUCCCAAACCUUUUUUCUGCCUCAUCUUUGCGCUGGUUUAUCUACAGUUCAGAGUUUGUGUUAUCAAGUCCCUUAAACGUAAUGUAGCAUCACAAAGCCAUAUCACUUUCUCUUUUAUGUGUGAGGAAACUGUUCAAUGAAAACCCUCUAUAGCAUGAUGUAGCCACUUAGUUCUAAUACAGGUUCUUUGAAAACCUUAGAGAAGAAGUUCAGCCGCAGUUAGUACAGAUACAAUGAGGAGUCCUUGUGGCACCUUAGAGACUAACAAAUUUAACACGGAUGACACCAUCAUGUGGUAGAUAAGUGGAACUGCACAAGAAAUCUGCUUCCUGCUGCCUUCAACAGGGAAAGCACUAUUUCUGCUGCUAAGAAUGUCUUGCUGUAAAAUCCUUUUAUUUACAGACUUUUUUAAGAAUUUCAAUAUUAUUUUUAAAUCUAAAUUUGUUUCAAUGAUGAUAGUUCUGCUUAAAAGUAAGUGUAGUUUCUAUCCCUUGCUUCCUUCCUUUUUCCUCCUUUCCCAAUGCCUGCAUUGCUUUCCUCUGAGUAGGUCCAAGGCAAUGGUAUGUACUAACUGCAAUGUUUUGUUCUGCUGCACAAAAUACAUGUUCUGAGUUUGACAAAGGAAAAAGGAGAAAUAACAGCUAUCCUGAAAUGGGCAGAAUUUUAGAACUGCAUAAAAGUGAAAGAACAUCUUUCAGUGAUGUUCCAGAUAACCAUUUGCCAUUUUACUUGGUGACUUUUAUAUCUCUGAAACUUUUAUGCAAAUCUAGGCAGAGUGGUUAUUUUUCACCUUGCAAAACAUCAGAUUUUGUGAAAGGGAAGGUUGGAGGCAAGACGGCCCAUACUGCUUCCAAGUAAAUGGCUAUCUUUGAAAAAUGUGUGUGCCUUCGAGCUUGUCUACACAUUAAAGCUAGUCCAGAAUAAGGUAAGUGUAACUUUAACUAUUCCUGAUUUAUUCUGGACUAACUUUCACAAGUGGGCUUGUGAAAUGAGCAGUGUUAUCCAAACAACUCCCCAAGCCACCCAAUUAUAGCUUUGGGACUAUAUAGCAGAAUGUAGGGCAGGAAAGAAGUGGGCAAGCAUGAGAGUCAGCACCUAGUAAGCUGGAUCCUGUCAUGCACCAUUGAUGCUUAUGGCCUCUAUGCUGCUCAGAACCAGUCAUUGGAGUGAUCAGCAGUAUAGAAUAAUCUCCCUCAGGAAAAACAUCAUUAAACCUGCUGAGCUGGGCCCCAGCCAGUUGCAAAUAGGUAACCAAAUACUAAGUCAGUAUUGAAGCCUAACUGAAGAUGCUCCCUUCUCCAAUGACCUGCUUAGGGACAGGCCCUCCAGUUAACUUGAAGGUACUUCUGUAAAUUAAACUUUUAGUUAGUUUAAUUUAUCUUGCAGAGGUGUUAGGUACUUUAAAAAAAAAAAAAAAUCUCAGGGCAGAUACUCUACAAUUCCCCUAGUGCAUCUUAAUCCCCCAUGCUUCCACUGCUAUCUUGUUAAUUAUCCAACAACUAUUUCCAGUAAAAUGCAGCUUCAUGCAAAUUUAACACCCAGAACAAAGUAUGAGAGGAAGAGUGUUCUAGUUUAAAUGAGGAAACAAAUUCCUGAGACCUCCAUUGCAAGCUCCUGUGGCUACCUGGGAUUUGUCACAGGCUUAUGAAAUGUGUGUGCUCCUUGUUAAAAUAUUGGCAGCACAGUCACACUCUGAAUUUUGGUGAAAAUGAAUCCUUAGAACUUACUCCCCAUAUGGUGGUGUAACCAUGCCUGCCUGCUUAUCCACAUCAGACUUGUAAUAAAAAAAAAAAAAGUUAAAACUUUGUAAGUACUUCAUCAAACUUGGUUCUAUUAAUGACCUGCUGGAUGCUGUGGCGUGUAUAGGAGAUAAGUUAUCCCUCUGAUCACCAAAACACCCUACAAUUCAUUAAGAUUUCUGAUGUUAUUUCUCCUUUUUCUGAGUCUAAUGCAUGCCCCAAAUGUGUGUCGUGCAAUGUUUUAAUGGGGCAGGUAAUAUGGGUCAUUGAUGUAACUGUUUUUGUCUUUUACCUUCCUUUUUAGAACACAGCUCUAGAUAAGGAAAGUCAGAUUUUCUGCAACAAGCACUCUCAGGACUCUAGUAGAGCUGGUAUGCAGAAAACUUCUGUGA